UCUCAUUGCAAAGUUUCGACUUCAAAGCGACGGUUGUGCACGGUUCGAUUGAAACAAGAGCUUUUAGAGGACAUAUAGGAAAAGAUAUAACAUUAUAUUAUAUAAUAUUACACAUAACUUAAAAUAUACGAUAUGGAACCGGGUGCUGGCGCGUUGAAUAAUGAAGGCAAUGACACCAUCUGCGGCAUGCCAGUGGAGGCCCACGAUCCGCUGUACCUACAGGCUUACCGUCAGAGCGUUCAGGAUCCGGAGGCCUUCUGGGAGGAGCAGGCCCAACUGCUGGACUGGGACCGUCCCUGGCAACAGGUGCUGGACAACAGCAAUCCACCCUUCACCAAGUGGUAUGUGGGCGGUUAUCUGAAUGCCUGCUACAAUGCCAUCGAUCGGCACAUACUGGCCGGGAGGGGCUCCAAGGUGGCCCUCAUCCACGAUAGCCCAAUGACGAACACAGUGCGCCGUGUGACCUACCAGGAGCUGUACGACCAGAUUGUGUUGCUGGCCGGUGGUCUAUCCAAAUUGGGCGUAGUCAAGGGUGACCGCGUAGUGAUAUAUAUGCCUCUGAUACCGGAAACCAUCAUCGCCAUGCUGGCCAUAGUUCGGUUGGGCGCCAUUCAUUCGGUGGUCUUUGGUGGCUUCGCCGCCAGGGAACUGUGCUCACGGAUAGAGCAUGUGGAGCCAAAGUUGGUGAUUGCCUCUAAUGUGGGUGUUGAGCCCGGCAAGGUGGUGCCUUAUCUGGAUAUACUCCACUCGGCCAUCCAUAUGUCACGCUGGAAGCCCCCUCAGAGGAACAUCAUCUUCCGUCGCGACAAUGUCAUUCCGGACAUGAGCAGGCUGGUUCCGGAGGCGGAUGUUCUCUGGGCUGAUGUUCUGAAAAUGUCUGAGGGAGAGGAACCCGUGGCCUGUGUUCCCAUCGAAGCCAACGAUCCGCUUUAUAUCCUGUAUACAUCGGGUACCACGGACAAGCCAAAGGGAGUCCUGCGCACCAUUGGGGGUCACCUGGUGGCACUAAUGUAUACUCUGCGCACCAUCUAUGGCAUCAGUCCUGGGGACACUUGGUGGGCGGCCUCCGACAUGGGAUGGGUGGUGGGACACUCAUACAUCUGCUAUGGCCCGCUGUGCCUGGGAGCCACCAGUAUCAUGUACGAGGGUAAGCCGGAUCGCACCCCUGAUCCUGGACAGUACUUCAGAAUCAUCGACCAGUACAAGGUUCGUUCAAUUUUCUCGGUGCCCACCUCCUUUCGGGUGAUCCGUCGUGCCGAUCCGGAUAUCAGCUAUGGACGCCAGUACUCGAUGAAAUCCCUGCGAGCUAUCUUCAUUGCCGGAGAGCAUUGCGACUAUGAGACCAAGAACUGGAUUGAGAAAACCUUCAAGGUGCCGGUGCUCAAUCAUUGGUGGCAGACGGAGACGGGUUCCGCUGUGACCGCCACUUGUUUGGGUUUCCAGCAGAACCUAAGUCCGCCUACCUACUCUACGGGACUGCCUCUGAUGGGCUAUGACAUCAAGAUCCUGAAGCCCGAUGGUACCGAGACCCAGUGCAUGGAGUUGGGUAGAAUCGCGCUGAAGCUGCCCCUGCCUCCAGGCAACAUGGCCACAUUGUAUAAGAACGAGGAGCUCUUCCGCAAGCUGUACUUUCAAAAGUUUCCGGGCUACUAUGACACCAUGGAUGCUGGAUAUAAGGACGAUCGUGGCUAUAUUUUUGUGACAGCUCGCGAUGACGAUGUGAUUAAUGUGGCUGGCCAUCGACUAUCCACCUCUAGUUUGGAAGAUGCCGUCCUGCGGCAUCCGGAUGUGGUUGAUGUGGCUGUCUUUGGUGUUCCCGAGCCCACCAAGGGUCAGGUGCCGCUCUGCCUGUACAUACCCGUGGAGAAUUGCAAGAAGACCGAUGCCAAGCUAUCGACAGAGAUUAUAAAGCUAAUCAGGGAUGUGGUGGGACCUAUCGCUGCCUUCCGUUUGAUUACCCCUGUGAACAGCCUGCCACGUACUCGUUCUGGGAAGACGAUGCGGAAAGCCAUGGCUGAUUUUGCCCGGAAUGAGCGUGUGAUCCUUCCUGCCACCAUUGAUGAUGCCACUGUCUUCACCGAGAUACGGCGGGCUCUUCAGCAAUUGGGUUACGCGAUGACUGCCCCCGAUCCGAUUGUGGCCAAGCUGCUGGACUGAAGGAUGAUGAUGUCCUGCGGCAGGAAGUGUCUGCCCCACCCGCUCUAUAGUUUGUACGAUUCCCGAGAAUGGAAAUAAAGUUUAAGCAAGUUUUUCUGGGGUUUUUCCUCCGUUUAUUUGCGUAGGCCGUAAAGUGGCGAAAAUAA